AUAUUGCUCUACAAGGAUAUUACAAGUUGAGGUGCAGUCAUUUCACCACUGGACAUCAGUGGCAUGAGAUGUGAGAGAUGAUGGUGUCUAAACGGUUCAUCUUUGGCUUGAUAAGCCUUCAUCUGAUGGUGGUAACUGGUGGUAACGAGAUGUGUAAGGCCUCCAUUGGUGGUCGUAGAGGGGCGUGUCCUCCCACUUGGUACCAGUGGGGACGCAAAUGCUACAAAGCCAUCACUGAGCGCCUGACAUGGUCGGAGGCAAAAGAUGAGUGCAUCAAGAUGGGAAGUGUCUUGGUCAUGCCACAGUCUCAGGAGGAAACUGAUUUCCUGCUCCAGCUACAGCAAUCCAACUUUUGGAUAAACUGCAAUGAUCUCCAGGACGAAGGUACUUGGAAGUGUGAGAAUGAUGAGGUUGAGUUCAGGAAUUGGUCGACUGGUCCACAGUGGCUGCAACCUGAUAACUUGAAUGGUGAGCACUGUGCCAUGGUGUGGGUAGAUCAAGAAGGGAAAUGGAAUGAUGUGCGCUGUGAUAGUCAACUCCCUGCAAUAUGCAACCAACCUGCACCACAGCUGCACUUUUAAUCAGCAACAAGUAAUUAUAGACUGGCAAUCAAAAAUGGACACCAUGUAAUUUGCCUACUUAGUAGAGAUUCGAACCCGCAACGAUGAGAACAAAAGACUAAAUCUGUCAAAUAUAGCUUCCCUGUUCAAUAUACAGGAUGGAAAAAAGAACUCUUUAUGGCAAUAAAAGACACUGACUAUUAUAGGAAUUGAACGCAUCACCUCAAAAACGCAAAGUCAAAUUCACAACACUCUACCAAAAAAUUCCAAGCUCAGAAGGUUCAAGGCACACAGUAGAAAGAAAAAUACAUGUAAACUUGGUAAAAAUACCAAACAAAUUUCAAUGACAAAACAAUGAGAAUACUGCUCAGUGUUAUAUUUAUGUAUAGUGAAACUAAGUGCGUAAAGUGAAAAAUACCAACAAGAGUUUACUGCUUAAAGGGAAUGUACAUCAUUGGCUUUUGCUGAAAUUUUCAGAAAUGAACUA